UUUCUCUCUCAUGUGCCGUGUGUCUGCGGGCUGGCCCUGAUCCUUCUCAAACGCCUCUUCUGAAGAUGAUGAAGUUUGCCUGGGACAACUAUAAACGUUACGCUUGGGGAAAGAAUGAACUUCGACCUCUGACCAGGAAUGGACACACUGGGAAUAUGUUUGGCGGUCUCAGAGGCGCUUCUAUCGUGGAUUCUCUGGACACGCUGUACAUCAUGGGUCUGAUGGAGGAGUAUGAAGAAGCGAAGGAAUGGAUCCAAAACAACCUGGACCUGAACUCGAAUGGAGAGGCGUCCCUGUUUGAGGUGAACAUCCGUUACGUUGGUGGUCUUCUCUCUGCGUACUACCUGACGGGAGCUGAGAUAUUUAAGCAGAAGGUGAUGGAACUGGGCGAGAAGUUGUUACCCGCCUUCAACACGCCCACCGGCAUUCCCAGAGGAGUCAUUAACCUGGGCAGUGGCACCAGCUCUCUAUCACCAAGCGGUUAUCACGUGUCUAUCGGAGGUCUUGGGGACAGUUUCUACGAGUACCUGAUCAAAUCCUACCUGAUGUCAGAGAAGACGGAUCAGGAGGCCCAGAAGAUGUACUACAGAGCCAUGGAGGCCAUCGAGACGAACCUGGUGCAGAAGUCUCCGGGUGGAUUGACGUACGUGGCUGAGUGGCGGGGUGGCAUCCUGGACCAUAAGAUGGGGCAUCUGGCCUGUUUCUCCGGCGGGAUGAUUGGCAUCGGCGCUGACGACGGCCCGGCAGGACAGAGGCAGCACUACCUGGACCUGGCAGCUGAAAUCACUCACACCUGCCACGAGUCCUACAGCCGCUCAGCCACCAAACUUGGUCCGGAGGCGUUCCGCUUUGAUGCAGGAGCCGAGGCCACAGCCAACCGACUGAGCGACCGCUACUACAUCCUGAGGCCAGAGGUCAUCGAGAGCUACAUGUACAUGUGGCGUUUGACCCACAACCCCAAGUACAGGGAGUGGGGCUGGGAGGCCGUGGAGGCGUUAGAGAAGCACUGUCGUGUAGACGCGGGUUUCUCAGGAAUCCGAGACGUGUACGCCUCCACAGUCAGUCACGACAACAUGCAGCAGAGCUUCUUCCUGUCCGAGACGCUCAAAUACCUGUACCUGCUGUUCUCGGACGACGACCUGCUGCCGCUGGAGGACUGGGUGUUUAACACGGAGGCUCAUCCGCUGCCCGUCAUACGCAAGAGAUGCCUGCAAGAGCACGGCACCAUGCAAGACGACGGACAGACCAACCUGGAGUAGUAUUUACCAUCACACACACACACACACACACACACACCUGAAACACGGAUUCAACCUCACGGGUCCUGACAUGGAUUCUCAGCUCCUUUCCUGUAAAGGAUCUCUUCAUAUAUAUAUAUAUAUAUAUACAUAUACGCUGUGAUUGUAUAUCUCUGAGCCGAGGCUUCCCGCUCUCCUCGGCGGGUGGAAGCCAGCGCAAUUUUCUGUGGACAAUCAGUGAAACGUGACUUUCAUGAGAAGAGCACCUUUUUUCUUUGCUUCUUUCCUCUGUGAGGAAAAAACGAAUAACUUGCAGCCCCGAAUCUGUGGGAGGAGUGCCGUAUGAUGGCGGGCCAUGCUGAGCGAAAGAGAAAACCACUUUUCUUCACGUCUCACCUGUAAUUUAUCUUUUCUUUCAUCCUUUCAUUGUGUGUUCCUUUCCCCGUCUCUUCUGCCAAAGUGUUUGCGGUCUUCUUUAUUUCGUUUUCUCUCCCCGCCCGUGAUAUUUUGUUCUAUCUAGUUUCGAGUCCAAUUUUGUGCUAUGAUUUUUUCUUUAUUAUUUCAAGGCAGAGCGAGGACUGAGGUAUUUACAAACCUGACAGGAGGAUCCUUCGUGAAAUGUGUUGUACAGGAUCCUUUGGUUUGAACAGGAAGUUGAAUGAUGUCAUCGGCAGGGCAGGAUUGUUUUACGUGAUUUUAAACUUAAACUUGUAUUUUUUUUUUAUGCUUCAACUGCAUUGUGAGCCUCGGUGUUGUGCACGACAUGCCAUG